UCGGACGCUGUUUGUGUGAAAACAUCCACAGACAAUGUACGGGUUCAAUAAGAUGGCUGCUUCUGCUGCUCACACUUGUGGAAUAUUCCUGGAUUACAGCGAAAAGACUUCUUUACUCCAUCGGGACUAGGAGCUGUGCGGUUGUGUGUGUGUGUGUGAGUGACCUUCUUCUCUGUGAACAGCCUGCAGAUUUCGGUCCCCCGUCACACUCUUGCUGAGAUGAAUAGGUUGUACAUCGUGAUUGAAGUAGUAAUUGCUGUUCUGUCCAUAUCCGGCAACGUCCUGGUUUGCUGGGCUGUCGCGAUCAACACCACUUUGCAGAACGCCACCAAUUAUUUUUUGGUGUCAUUGGCUGUGGCUGAUAUUCUGGUCGGUUGCCUCGCCAUCCCCUUCGCCAUAACCAUCAGCGUUGGCAUACACUUGGACUUCUAUGGAUGUCUCUUCCUGGCCUGUUUUGUGCUGGUGCUGACCCAGAGCUCCAUCUUCAGUCUUCUAGCAAUUGCUAUAGAUAGAUAUCUGGCCGUCAAAAUUCCUCUGAGGUACAAGGAGUUGAUGACGGGAAAGAAAGCCAGAGAGAUCAUCGCUAUUUUGUGGAUCCUGUCCUUUGUCAUCGGCCUGAUCCCCUUCUUUGGCUGGAACUUGAAGCACUUUGGCUGCAACAACAGCUCCGAUGCAGACAACACUACAAACACUAGCCUCACGGAGGGGCCGAGGAGCGGAGACUUGUUACGGAGCUGUAAACUCCAAUGCUACUUUGAGAGUGUGGUGGACAUGCACUAUAUGGUCUACUUUAAUUUCUUUGUGUGCGUGCUGCUACCGCUGCUCAUCAUGUUGGGUAUCUAUCUGAAGAUCUUCACCGUGGCCAGGAAGCAGCUGAGACAGAUUGAGCUCAAGUGUGUGGGCAACGGGGACAGCCAUCACCACGGGCUGCUGCAGCGGGAGAUCCGGGCCGCCAAAUCCCUCUCCAUUAUCGUGGGACUGUUCGCUGUGUGCUGGCUGCCCGUCCACAUCCUCAACUGCCUCAAGCUGUUUUACCAUGAGCUGGAGAGGCCGGAAGUUGUCAUGUACGUGGCCAUCAUUCUGUCGCACGCCAACUCCGUGGUCAACCCCAUCAUCUACGCUUACCGCAUCCAGGACUUCAGGAACACCUUCAGCAAGAUCCUGGCCCAGCACUUCCUGUGCCGCCGGGAGGAUCUGUACCUCAGCUCCAACGGCAGCAGACGCAACAGAGACCAGAUCCACAUGACCAUCGACCCUCUGCUAUAGAGAGCCGUGACAGAGUCUUACAUGUCAGUUCUGUUGUUGAAUUUUAUGUCCACCGAGGUUUCUAAUGUUUACAAGAACAAGGGUAUGAUAUGUGAAGAUGAUGUCAGACACGCCUUGAAUGUGGACAUUUAUUUAUGAAUCGUGCCAAGUAUCAGGGGUCAAGCAGUGAAAUGUUGAAUGGAGAGUCUUAUGUAACUUUUGUAUUGUGAAGGAGUUUGUUUGGGUUUGUUUUUUUUUUACUGUUGAAGCUAACUGGAUUUGUAGGACUGUGAAUAGGAUCCAAACUUUGCUACAUUCUGAAAUGCUAUUUAUCAUUCUGAAUCCACCCUGUUACAACCUUAAAACACUCCUGCUGUUUUUUACUGUCAAUAAUCAGUGCCACUGUUUAAUUAUUUAUUUAUUUGCAACACCUUAUCUUUUUUGAGAAUGUAAAAGAUCAACAAAAAACAAAAAAACUUUGUGAGGCUAGAUCUGUGCUUGUGGACCUAGAAAGGUACAAUAGAAGUAGUCAGCAUCUGUGGUUAUUUUUUUGCUUGUGACCCUUUUUUAAAUGAAUUCAUACUCACGAUCCUCAUCACAGGCUUCACCUGUAGAAAGUAGCUGUUAUAAAACUGUUAUUGCUCAUAGACGACACAAAAUAAGAGAGUAAAAUACCUUUGUAUAGCAGAGUUUUCUACUAAGCUGCUGCCUUUAACUAAGUGCCAGUGUUUGCAGGUGUUGCUGCACUAAAUCCUCCACAACAAAAAAUGUAUACAGAGGCACACAGUAGUCUGCUAUAUCCCCAAGAACAACAGAGCCUCUCAUGCAACAAAUAUAAUAAGAAAAGGGGGAAAAAAGAAAGAAAUGCUGCAUAUUGCAUGAGUCAUCUCUCACAGCCACAGGGGUUGCACAUGAAUCCUGUGACCCCUGCAGCUUUGAGCCAGAGAAAGGCGUUUUUUGUGACCACUAGAUGAAGAGAAAGAUUUGAGUCAGUCACGCAGACCCGAGACAUGAGAAGCAGUAAGUCAGCGAAACACACCUGCGGUGCUGCUCCCAGUCCUUUGCACACAAACAUAUCUUAAGACAAAAGCUCAGGAAGUGGGAAACUGAUCGUACCCUUCAUAGAAACACGACGUCUGCAGAGUAUUCUCAGCUGCUUUGUCUUGAGCCAAUUGAUGAAUAACUGUAAGCAGAUUAGCUGGCGUCAAACUUUAAAAAAUUCCUCAUCCUGGUACACAUGCAUGUAGUGGCUUACAUAACAUAAAGCACUAUUGCUUUGUACAUGAAUGUCACUUGCCUUAGGAGUCCAGCUGACAUCCCCCCCUCCACCCUCCAUCACAAAGUCUCAGCUGGGAUCCCGAGGCUCUCAUUUGGCCUGUUAAUGCAGUCAGUCCCUUCAUAUGCUGCUGAAGUCACUGACUUAGCCGAGAUUAACGGUUUCAUUUCGGGAAAACGACUAAAAUGUGUUGUAUUAAGGACUCGUUUUAAUUAAUUACUAAUGAUCCAACACUUGUCCGAGCAAACACGACUGUUGAACCCAUAAAGAUAGAGAUAAUCUUUAAAGGAUGAAGCAGGAAACACUAAUGAUGAUGAUAUCAUUUGCAAUUGAUAGUGCUCAUAGUGAAGCGCUACUUUCCCACAGACUCGGUCCUUAAAGCACUUGUUGCUCCGCCUCAGGAGUGCGUGGUGAGAGCUGUUAAAUCACCAAGAAAGAUGCAUCCUUGAAUUAAAUCAGACGAGCAGAGUCUUGUUUGGAGUGUCAAAAUAUAUGUGGGAAAAAAAAGAACUAAGGUAUUUUCGGUCACCUGAGAGCCAUCACUACACAAAUGAAACCACAUUGCACUGAUGUUUUUAGAUUUUCUGAUUGGUGUGCUUCAUUGGUGUCGAACCAUGUUGUUGUCGUUGUUGUCGUUGUUGAGCACUUGCCUCACUGCUUGGUGAUCUCCCCUCAGUUGCCAUUGUGUACAGUGUACCACCUCUGACUAAUUUCAAGGGCUAAAACACAGGAGUGUGCCAAUGUUUUAGUACAUUCCAAUGGAGACAUAUAUACUGUAACUGCACUGUAGCGUUGUAUCGUCUUUGUUGACUGACGUGUUAAAAUAAGUACUGUAGGUGUCUGGCUUUCUACGAGCUAUUGAUUGAUGUCAAACUAUUGCCUUUUUUUGUGAUUUCAAGGUAAGACGGACAAUAACGAGUUGAUGUAGUUCAACAUUCCUGCCUUUCAUUCCAAAUAUCUGUCAAGUGUGCUCUCGUGUCAUUUCAUUACUAAUCAGGAAAAAAACAUCUGAACAGCUGACGUUCAACCUUUCUUCUUCAGGCCAUUUCUUUCUUUCAUUCAACAGAACUACAACUGCAAACUGAUACUGCUAUUUAACAUGCAAUCUGU